CGUCUUUUUGUGCCGUUCAAUCCCGACCAACCGACGCAUCGUUAGUUCUUUCAAAACCCUCUGCCAGGGUUUAACACAAACGCCUCUUCCUCUCUGCUGCAUAAAAUUUAUUGCGCUUAGCUGGCUCCUUCUUGUCAGUCCGAUCAAAAUAUUAUUUAUACUGAAUUGUGAAGGAAGAGAUGCCUUCCAAGGCAAAGAAGCAAUCAAAGACUCCAUCCAGGUUGUCGAAUUCUGACCCGGCUGCAUCUCCUAAAACUCCUUCACUGUUCUCUUCUUCUGAUUCUCAAGUUAUUGAGGAAGAUUUCCAAAGCGUUCUUGAGGAAGCUUCUAGUCAAUACCCUUCACUGAUUGGGAAGUCUGCUUUCAUCGGCCAAGUUACUGACGUUGAGACUGAGUCCAGGGGCUGUAAAAUUUGGCUUUCAGAGUCCUCCAUGCUUGCAUCUUCCCUUGCUCCUGGUUCCAUUGUAUCGGUGUCACUUUUUGCUUCAGGGAAGAGAUGUUCAAAUAGUUUUUCUCUCAGUUCAUUAGGAGAUGAAUGCGUUCAACAAUUCAGGAUUGAUACUUUGGAUAAAACAGCUAAUGACGUGGGCAACUACUUUGCUCUUGCUACAGUUUUUCCUUCUUGUAAGGUUGUGAAGAAUGGAGUACGAUUGUCAUCUAACCUUUCAUACACAAUGGGUUGUCCAGUUUCAGGCAGGAUUGUGUUUAUUUAUGCUGUACAGAAUCAGUUCCUUAGUAGUCCAGAAAAUAACAGUGAUAAACUACAUAAGAUAGAUGCUAAUCAUGUCUCAUUACACACCUGCAAAGAAUUGCACUUAAAGUUGGUUCCUUCUAAGGACAGAGUGAAAAUGAACACUGAUAUGUUCUCUGCAAUGCAUGCUUCCACUGGAAAAAGUCAUGAUCAACUUGGAAAUGGAAUUAUAUCAUCUCCUAAGACGCCGUCGUAUCAGUCGAAGCUCAGUUCCCCAAUUGUUAAUCACUUAGCUUCACCAAUACGUGAAUAUUCAGUGUCUAAUUCACUCAAUUUGAAUAGUUCAGCACUUGAUCCAUUUGAUAUUUUAGAGGUAUUAAAGGAUGAAAGUGCUAAAAAGCUUCUGCAGAUCUGCGCUGCUUCAUGGUUGUACUCUCGUAGUUUACUCUAUGGGAAUCUUGUGGCCAUCCCAAUGCCUGUGGAGCAUUGCAUGUUCCUUGUGAUAGGUGCUAAUAUGCUUCCAGAAGAUAGUAGUAGUCAACAUUUGACUAGUGAUAGAAGUCAGAGUCUGUACCCUCAAGCUUCUGAGUUGGACAACCAUAGGAGUGAUGCCUUUGUUGUAAACCGUGAGACAAAAAUAUAUCUGUAUGCAGCAUUGAAUUCGGUAUCUGAAUCUUCACAAAAAGGAGCUUUGCCACAUAUGCCGUUUGAACGUGAGGAUUUGAGAGCAAAUGAAGAAUGUAAUAUCUUAAAACUGGGUGGUUUAUCUAAAGAAUGUGCAAUUUUGAAGGAUAUUAUUAUUUCUUCAUCUGUGAAGAAUACAUUGUCGGGUCUCGGUUUACGACCUACAAAAGGAGUUCUUCUUCAUGGCCCACCUGGCACAGGAAAAACUUCUUUGGCUCAACUUUGUGCCCAUGAUGCUGGUGUCAACCUUUUCACCAUAAACGGACCUGAGAUCAUAAGUCAAAAUUAUGGUGAAAGUGAGCAAGCACUGCAUGGAGUUUUUGAUUCAGCUAGCAAAGCUGCUCCUGCCAUGGUGUUCAUUGAUGAGUUGGAUGCCAUUGCACCUGCACGGAAAGAUGGAGGUGAAGAGCUCUCUCAGAGAAUGGUUGCUACAUUGUUGAAUUUGAUUGAUGGGAUUAAUAGAACUGAUGGAGUAGUUGUUAUUGCUGCUACCAACAGGCCUGACAGUAUUGAGCCUGCUCUCAGGCGGCCCGGAAGGCUUGACAGGGAAAUUGAACUAGGUGUGCCAUCACCAAUGCAACGAUUGGAGAUACUGCAGACACUUCUUGGUGGCAUGGAACAUUCUCUUUCAGACCUGCAAGUUCAACACCUUGCCAUGGCUACACAUGGUUUUGUAGGUGCUGAUCUAGCUGCCCUUUGCAAUGAGGCUGCCUUGGUAUGUCUUAGGUUUUAUGCUAAAUCUGAAAAGCCUUAUGAUGGUUUGCGCUUUAGUGGAGCACUUAAUACAUAUGAAGGCCACUCUGACAUUAUAAUGGAAGAAUCUGAUCAGUUAGGAAAUGUUAAGGAUACUGCAAGGGAGUGUUCAGACUCUGCCUCUUCAUGUGAUUCUGGUUCUCCUAUUUCUUCAGAGAUUCUACCAUCUUUUCACUUGAAUGGAACAAUGUCAGAAAUCACAGAUAAUUUCCAGAGUGGUGUUUAUACAACUUCUGCAACAAUGCUUAUUUCAGAAGAAGAAUAUACAUUGAAAGUGACUUUUGAAGAUUUUGAAAAGGCCAGGAUGAAAGUGAGGCCUAGCGCCAUGCGAGAGGUAGUACUUGAGGUGCCAAAGGUCAAUUGGGAAGAUGUUGGGGGCCAGCGGGAGAUCAAAACUCAAUUAAUGGAAGCAGUAGAAUGGCCUCAAAAACACCAGGAAGCAUUCAAGCGUAUUGGCACUCGUCCUCCGACUGGAAUAUUGAUGUUUGGGCCUCCCGGCUGUAGCAAAACCCUCAUGGCACGUGCUGUAGCUUCUGAAGCAGGAUUAAAUUUCCUUUCUGUAAAGGGUCCUGAACUUUUUAGCAAAUGGGUUGGUGAAUCAGAGAAGGCUGUGAGAUCCCUAUUUGCCAAGGCACGGGCCAAUGCGCCAUCAAUCAUAUUUUUUGACGAAAUUGAUGGUCUUGCUGUCAUUCGUGGGAAGGAAAGUGAUGGAGUUUCGGUUUCCGAUAGGGUCAUGAGUCAACUUCUUGUGGAAUUGGAUGGUUUACAUCAAAGAGUCAAUGUCACUGUUAUUGCUGCUACGAAUCGGCCUGACAAGAUUGAUCCUGCCCUUUUAAGACCUGGACGCUUUGAUCGCCUGCUAUAUGUGGGACCUCCAAAUGAGGUUGACAGGGAGGAAAUAUUUCGUAUCCAUUUACGGAAAAUACCUUUCAGUUCUGAUGUAUACAUAAAAGAGUUGGCGUGUCUCACCAAAGGCUAUACUGGGGCUGAUAUUUCAUUAAUUUGCCGGGAGGCAGCCAUUUCAGCUAUUGAGGACAACCUUGAUGCAUCAGAAAUAACUAUGGAACAUUUAAGGACUGCAAUUAAACAAGUACAACCGUCAGAGAUUCAGUCUUACAAGGAACUAUCAGACAAAUUUCAAAGACUUGUACAUUCUAAUGCUGAAGGAGAUAGACUAAGAAAUCAGCAUUGUUCAAGUAAAUCAACCAGGUUCCAUAUCUGGACCAUCAUAAAAUCUAUCUGGCAAAAAAAGUCUGCUUCAAGUGAGUAGCCUCAAAUUGCCGUCAAAGUUUUAUUGCCUGUUGUUUUCACUCAACCAGCUGCAUACACGAUCCUUAUUUCCCACAGAAUGGGGCAAGCGAGCUUGGAGCAUGAUCCACCGGCGUCUUUGUCCGAGAGCUGUAUUUUAAACAAUCCAAUAAAUUCACAACACGAAAGGAGUUUCAUAAACAUAGUUGGGUGGAGAAUUAGUUUUCCCAAUAUAUUACUCCAAGCAGAUUGAGAUGAUAUGAUUUGAGUGAGAUCUUGCACAUGAUCAGACACCUUUACAUGAUGGGUUGGUUGAUGGUCCCCCUAAAAAUUUGGAAAUGGAUUCCCUUGUGAUUAGAGGUUUGGAAUAGUAAAUGAGAUGUGGGACUGUGUUGUGUUGAUACUAGGAAUAUUGUGUUGGUCCUGCACAGUCAUUUCCAAAAUUUAUGGUAUUGUGGAUAUCCCUGAGGAAUAAUUGCCAUCAUUCAUGUAAUGACAAGAUUCACUUGACCAAGGUGUGCUUGGAUUGUUAAUGAUAAGAGAGAGAUGGGGUGGGGUGUGUCAUGCUGGAUUGGUCUUUAAAAGGAGUGGAUCUUCUUUAAAGUGUUUGCUGUGCCUAUACCCAUAAAGUAGAUCUCAAUUUUAGUUUCUUAUAAAUUUGAUUCA